AUGAGUGAUGAUGACUAUGAUGUUGAGUUGGAGACAGCAGAAAAGCGAGCACAUCAUAAUGCAUUGGAACGUAAACGACGUGAUCAUAUUACAAACAGCUUCUCAAGUCUGAGAGAUUCUGUUCCAUCAUGUAAUCAAGGUGAAAAAUUUGACAGUCGUGCACAAGUAUUAAAAAAAGCAGCUGAAUACAUACAGUUUAUGAGGCACAAAAAUGCAUCACGUCAACAAUAUAUUAAUAAGAUCAAGCAGCAGAAUUAUAUUUUAGAAUCUCAGAUUAGAAUAAUGGAGAAAACCAAAGCUACAGGAAAUUAUGCAAUGGAAUCUAAUCAACUAUCUUUAGAUGUGUCAGGAUCAGAAAUUUCUGAUGUAUCAGAUAGCGAACUUCAGAAAUCUAAAAGGAGAUUAAAAAAGCAGAAGUUUAGUCAUUAG